AUUAGGUUAAGGUUUUGAGUAGUGAUGGGUGAGGUAAGGGUAAGGAGCUAGAGAUUGUAUUGUGUCGAUGAAUGUCCUCACAAAGAUAGAUGUAGAAGAACGUGUAUUAGGUCACAUUUGCAAAUUUUCACUUAUUACAUUAUCUUAUUAGUUCACAGGAUAACACAUCAUUGUUUUUACUUUUUGCUGCUAUGUCUUUGGACAUCCACCUGUAUGACUUUAUGGAGAUUCCUGGAGAGCGGUCGUCAGAUACGACAAUUCCAGCCCCCCGUUCCUAUAUGUGAGAAAGGAAAACAGAUACAAACAAGUUCCUCGUCUGUAAUUUCCAUUCUUGACAUGGGAAUCAGUGAAGAGGAGUGGGAAAGGCUACAGAAGGCUCUGGACUGGCCCGGUCCAGAUCAAGAAAUCACUCAGCUGAAUCAGAGCACAAGUCCAGUCCACUCAACAUUCUCUAUUGUGGGACUCAAGGAGAGUUACAAAGUGGGAGAAAAGAUCUCCGUUACCAUCACAGCCAGAGACCACAACAAGAACCUGAAAAGAUAUGGAGGAGAUUUCUUUAAAGCAAAACUAUCCAAUUCAAAGCUAAAGGCGAGUGUGUACGGGGAGGUUGUGGAUCACCGUAAUGGGACUUACUCUGUUGCUCUUCUUCUGCCCUGGGAAGGUCAGGCACAAGUUUAUGUGCGUCUAGAGCACUCCAGUGAGGUUGUGCAGAUUCUUAAAAAAUACAGGGAGUCCUCAUUCCCACGCAGCCACUAUAAUGGCCACUUUGAAGGGCCAGGACCCAAUAAAACCAGGAUCAGUGAAGUAGUACAAUGUAAUCUUAAGUGGGGUGCAGAUGGAAGUUGGAGGAAAGGCGACUGCUGCUGUGAGUAUAAGGAUAUAAAAACAGGGACGGUGUGGCAGUGUGAGAGACCGAAGAAACUUUCUUGUGACAACCUGGUUCAUCACUCAAGAGGAGGUUUGGAAGACCCGUUAAAUCCUCUUGAGAAGCAAAUUUUCACAAAGACAUUAACAAAUGUUGCUAUUACUGGAGACACACACAUCAUUAAUGUCCUUCCCAACCCUGCAGGCAUUGGUACAAUGGAGAGAUGUAGACGCAUGACGACACCAGUUCCUGCAGGGUUCUAUCUGAAAGAUGUCUGGAACUCUUUUGUUUGCAACACCGGGCAGUUCAGUUCUGCACAAAUGGGAAAUUGUCUUAAAAACAAGAUUGUCUACUUGAUGGGAGACUCUACCACAAGGCAGUGGUUUGAGUAUUUUGAAAGAAAAGUGCCAGGCUUACAAAGAAUGGACCUCCACACUCCUCGUACCGGUGGACCCCUGAUGGCUGUAGAGUUGGAAAAUAAUAUCAUUGUUCACUGGAGGCCACACGGUGUUCCUUUACGGUUUACUAAAACGUCCAUUACUGACCUGCAUUAUAUCGGCAAUGAUAUUGAUGAAAUAGCUGGUGGUCCUCAUGCAGUCGUUGUCUUUACAAUCUUUGCCCACUUGGUGUUUCACCCAAUAACAUUUUAUGUGCAUGAAGUGGCCAAAAUCCGUCAGUCUGUAGUUGCUCUGCUGAGUCGUGCACCAGAGACUACCGUCAUCAUCAAGUCUGGAAACACUGCAGGAGUAAAGAAUAUUUUUCAAAGUGACUGGUAUGCAAUGCAGCUGAACACGGUGAUGCAGGAGAUGUUCAGAGAUAUUGAUGGAGUAAUCUACUUCGAUGUCUGGCAGAUGACUUCCUGUCACUAUCUACGUGAAAAUAUUCACCCAGGUCCUGUUAUCAUUGCUAAUGAGAUCCAAAUGUUACUCUCAUAUGUCUGUCCUGUCUGACAAAACCCCAAAGAAUAACAUUUACCUUGCUUCAUCGUCAUCAUCUACAAUGCACAUACAGUGAGACAAUGUACAUACAAACAAACUUGAACAAAAUGUUAACAAAUACCCUUAUGAAUAAUGCAUAAUGUAAUAUCUAGAACAUUUUUUAAAAAAUUAAUUGGUUACACUUUAUUUUAAGGUGUUCGCGGUAGUCAUAUUAUACAUUUAAGUACUGAGUAAUAAUAAUUAACUACAUGUACUUAGUAUAGGGUUAAGGUUUGGUUUAGGGUUAGUUGCAUGUAAUUAAGCACAGUUUAUAGUAAUUACUAUAUUAACUACAUGUAACAUGUAACAAGGACACUAAAAUAAAGUGUUAACAUGAAUUGUAUUAUAAAAACAAAACAUAACUUAUGUGAAUAAAAUCAUGAUCAUGUGUCAACUGUUUUGUCUGUCUCCAUUCAUUUAGUCUGUACAGUAAAUACCUUUUAAACUAAUUUUUUUUUUUUUUAAGCAUACCACAAACACAGUCUUGAAGUGCAAAUAUGAUCAUUUGUAUGUAGUAGAACAGUUAAAAACAUGGUUUAACCCUUGUGCGGUGUU